AUGCACUUGAUGUCGUUAUUUACGAUGACGGCUUCGUUUAUCGUGCACAAUCUAUUCUUCUCUUUUUCUGUGGCGGUGCCACCUUUUCGAGACGAUACUCCUCAAAGCGGGACGGCUUUCCCGACUUGCGGCCAGAGCGACGAACGUUGGUCUCCUGACCUGCUGCAGCUUCGACCGCUGCUGUGUUGGACGCUUGGACGUCGAUCGCUGGGUCCUCGACCGCUAGGGCCUCGACAACUGAGACCUCGACUUUUGGAGCAGGUGCUCCAUCUGGAAAAAAUAAUGGUUAAGAGAAAUUCAUAUUCACACAAAGAAGAAGGUCAUCUUCUUCAUGCCCAUUUCCGGUCACAGCCUGGAGUGAGGCCUCCAGUUCCCCAGAGCCAUUCUCAGGAUUCUUGGUUUUUCCUGCAAGCUUACGGUAUUUUUCCAAUAUUCGAAGCCUCUGAAAAAAAAACUAACCUUGAACGUUCUCCAGAACCGACUCUGAAAUCUUCUCCGGCAGAGAGAUCGGCUUCGGAGUCGACGAGCGAACUGAAAACAUCAGAAUCAGAAAAAUACUUGGGAUCUUUUUCAAUAUACCGUAUUUCCACAUCGAAACCGCCAACUUUCAGCUCAAUUAUCUCGAUUCCAAGAAAAGAUAUCAAAACGAUUGAGAGAUCAUGUACUAUCCGGAAGAUACAGAGAAAAGAGGGCGGAGCCAAAUUUGGUCGGCCCCGAGUCACGAGGUUUGGUGAGGAGGGAGAAGUAUGGCUAUAUGUUUCGAGGUCAUCUGAGUUGUUGCUUGAUAUUAUAACAGACACGAGAGAGUAUGGAGUAUUGAGAGAGUUCUGUCUCUCGGAAUGGUCUGGUGAUGAGGAAAGAGGAAGCGUUCUACAAGUUACUGGGAAAAGGCGAGCAGGCGGAAAGAAGAAAAAGAUGAUGAAGAAGUCAGAGGUGGGAGAACGAGAGAUAGAGAUAGAGAGCAUAUCCAAAGUGUCGAAUGGCAUUACCAUAACCAUUGGCCCGGUGCCAAAGGCACCUGGUCUCUGUCGAAAAUUGAGAAAUAGUGAGGAAUGGAUAAUAAGGGGUUUAAAUAUCAGCUUAGCUAAGGCGUCGCCAGUUACUUCUGGCCGGAGAUUGGUCAGAUUCCGGCAAAGAUAUUGUGGGAAAAAGAAGUGA